CACACACACACAACCCACUCUCUCUCUCUCUCUCUCUCUCUCUCUGACAUAAAUCUCUCUCACGCCUCCUUCUUUUCUCUUCCUAUUCAUUAUUCAAUAUUCCAACAAUCCCCACGCCUCCCCUCACGCCAAUUUCCUCCUCCUCCUCCUCCUCCAUCACCUUCUUCUUAUCCUUCCUCGCCACUACGAUCUUCUCUUCACAUGUGCGACGACGGUUGGGUCAACGUCGCCAUGUCUGACGACUCCCUCGUUGUCGACAUGCUUCUGCGCCUCCAACAAGCUCCGCCGCCUCCUAAGAAGUCCGCUCCCUGUCUUCAACUUCACUGGACCGUACGUCAGCGCCGUUCUAGGUCCGCUCCUAGACACGUUGGUGCCUCCGCCCACAAGAAACGUGAGCCGACCAGAGCCAGUCCUACCACGCCUCUCUCCUGGAGCGGUGCCACCUCUGCCAGCGGUGGAGGCGCCGCUGACGGAUCUGAAGGGUCCAGCCGACCGACGAAACCCCUGAAAACCUCAAGAUCUAAGGUUGCUAAUCCGAGUGAAACAACUACGACCAAGAAAUGUAGAAGAAAAAAGACAUUAGCUGAACUAAAAGAGGAGGAGAGUGUGCUGUUAAAGGAAAUGAGAAAUCUGAAAAGUGAACUGGCAGCCCUGCGUCUCACUCUAGAGAACCACAGAGCAACAAAUGAAAGGCUAAAGAAAAUGAAGGUUGACAUGGAGUCAAGACAGAACUUGAAAGCUGCUACAACAACCCCAGUGAGAUCCGACAAAGCCAUGGUCAACCAACCUCAGCUUGAGGACACACAGUCUCAUCCUUCUCAUUUAAUAUCACCAGGUGUUCCACGAGUUGUUGCUGACAAUAACGCUCCGUCUGUGCCUUCAGCAAAUGAUGAAUCUUGCAAGCCUCAGGAGAUUGACAAACAAGAAGCUUCCUUCUUGCUGCCUGAUCUAAACCUGCCCAUGGACGAGGAUCUAAGCCCCAUUUUUUCCACUCAUGGCUUAAGCUAAUAAAGAAACUGACGUGCACGGAGUUAGACCAAGAUCAUUUCUUGUAGGUUGUGCUAAUGCUCUUGUAGGUGCAGUAUUUGAUCACUUUCGUCAGUUAGUUUUUUAGUACGAGGAAAUAUGUUGUUUCGAUUUAGCAAGGUACCGUGGGUAGCUUAGAGAUUGCUAACAUCAUUGUUCCAUAACUUCAAUUCUUUAUUUUUCUUUUUUAUUCCCCGUCCCUUCCCAGGAUUCUGCCUGCGUUGUGCUAAUGGGCGACCUCGGAUCCCUCUUGUCCGACACAGAAUUAUAUACGCAUAAAUGUAAAUCGCAUGUUUAGAUAAUUCAACAGUUUUGGUUCUCUUUUUGCC